AUGCUGCUGGUCCUGCUGUCAGUGGUCCUGCUGGCUCUGAGCUCAGCUCAGAGCACAGAUAAUGAUGUGAUCUCUGAAAACUUUACUCCCACCACACCAGGCUGGAGGAAGUACCAGCAUUCUUCCAGGGAGACAGGCCGCCAAGACAUCUCCAGGACCAGACACCCUAGUGGUAAUCUAGAAUUCAAUGACAGGUAUGAUUCCAGUUCAUUCUCCAUUAAAUGCCCAAGCUGUUACUGUUCUCAAACUUUAUUGUGUUCACGAAUCAAUUGGAAAUAUGUUGAAAUUACAUAAUCCUGAACCCCAUUUCUAAAGAUUUGUAUUCAGGUAUUCUUGGAUAAGGUUGCAAGUCCUUGUAUUUUUAACAAGCAGUUCAAAGUAUUUCUUAUGAAAUACUGACCUCUCCAACUUUUUUCUUAAGAUGACUUGUCUCCUUAAAAUGAGUUGGUAAUGAGGAAGUGGGGUGUGUUCUCCCUUUGGUGCUCUGCCUCCCGCUUUGAGUCUGCUCUCUCAGGCCCAAGGACUCUCCAUCUCAGGUUUCUCUCUGGUUUCCACCACAGCACUCUUUGCUCAGUUCUGCCUCACACCAGCCUCUCAGGUCCAGUGUCCCUGCUAAAUGAUACUUGAACUUGAUGCUCCUAUAUCGUAUUUAAUUUUUAAAAUACUUAUUUUGAAAUUAGUACAUCCUCAAGGAAAAAAAUCUAACUGAACAGAAUGGUAUGAAGCUAAAUCUUAAAGUGAUGCCUUAUCCUACUUACCCACACCCCUCACCAAAUGUCACCACCAUUAAUUUUUUGAACAUCCUCCUGGAAAUAUGUAUAUGUAUAUAAGCGUAUGUCAUUAUUUUUCCCACAAAUGAUAUAUUAUUUUAAAUGCAGAUCUGUAUUUGCUUAUUUCAAAUAAUAUAUGUCUCAGAUAACUUUGUCAUUUCACAGAGACAUAGAUCUUCUUGGUGAUUUAUUUGUACAUUUUUAUUUUGUUGUUACAAUUGUAUACUACUCUCUUGUGUGACUGUACCAUGAUUUCUUCAAUCAACCACUGUUAAUUGAGAUGUAGGUCUGUAUUAGUUUUUCACUACUGGAGGUUCAAGUUGCAGUCAUUUUCAUAAAUAUAACCUUGAAUGUUUUGAACAGUAGCCAAAACAUAAACACCAUAAAAAUAAUCUGUUUUCUUAAUCUUGAAAGCAAUAAUUUACUUUACUAAUAUCAUCAAGGGAUUAGAUACAUUUUGCUAUGUUGUAUCUUGUGUAUAAAUUUCCUUAUUUGUUUGUUUGUUUCAGAAAAUAAAUAAGAAGAUAACUUCCUUCAGAAAGCCAUUACAUUGAAAUAAUGUGGUCAUAACUCUUUCUUCAGUAUACCAAUAAAAUAGUAAUAGCAUGCAA